AUGACGCCAUACCGCCGCCCCCUCGCCAGCUCUCUUGCUUCUCUUAGUAUAUUAUGCUUAGUUCCGACUCGAGUCUCGGGUUCACGGGCUAUGGCGACGCUGUUCGGGCAGUCCGACUUCCACCACGAAGUGAGUCUGGACAGCAAGUUCUCCCCUCUAGAGUUCCUGGCCACGUUCGACCUCGAACACGGCGGGUGGUUCGAGUUCCAGCUCAACGCCCACUUCUCCCUGGCAACGCUAGAGGAGAGUCAACACCGUGUCCUGCUGUACCUGUUGGCGUGCGACGAAUCGGCCAGAGCGUUCCUCGAGCUCCCGUCCGACUCCUCCACGAGCACCAACCGAACCUCGACGCCCUCCUACUGCGCUAUGCCCAACCGCACCCUGGACUACUACUGCCAGUCUUUCCCCCUCGAGAACCAGUCGAGCGACAUAUCCACGUACAAGUCAACAAAGAAGAUCAUCGGCUUAGCCGACAAUGUGACGAGUCAGGCGGAGUACGACGUCGUCACGGCAAGUAACUCCACGAAUCUCAGCUUCUACAUCGACGCGUGUGAGCUACUUGGAGGUGAGGAGGCUAUUCUACGCUCGUGUCUGGAGUAUCCCCCACCAUCCGACGGGAACUCGUGCUUCUUCUGCUCCAAGAACUACCCCCAUUUAUCAGAAACCGAAAGCAAACAAUGGUCGGAGGAAUGUGAAGUUCCACCCGCUGCGAACCAGGUGGUUCUGGGCUCCGUGGCCAUGAACUUGUGCACUGAAGACGGCGAGUGUCUGUGGGAGUUUGACAACUUUCUCGUGGGGUUUUACGGCGCCAGUACCGCAGUGUGGACUCUGGCGUGUUUAGUCGGGAUGGUGCACAUGUACUACGCGCCACAGGGGGCAGUUGUGCCCUUGCACUACAAAUUACUGAGCGUUCCAUUGACACAACUCGGCUACUCGGCUCUCUCCUUUGCCACAAAGUUUACUGCCGGGUAUUUUGCGAGUCCAAAGUUCAAUUUGCUGGCGAUCGUGACGUUGGUGGCGCAGGCUGUGGCUUUAGCAGUGUCAGCUGAGGUGGCUCUAUUCGUCGCUGCGGGGUGGGGGAUCACACAGGGAAGUUUGGAUCGGAUAGAUGUGAUCCGGAUUCGUUGUGUGGCUGUGGAAUGGGCUCUGGCUUUCGUGAUGCUGAAGCAGCUGGAGGUGGACAACAUCGGUAUCGCAGUCAUCUGGGGCAUCUCGUGGUUCUCCAUCCUCUUUUUGAUCCACUACUACGCCAGUGCGAACCUAAAGAUG